AUGACAAUGACGGCCCUAUGUUUCGUUUGUAAUUUGCCGAUUCUCUCUCAUCAAGUUGGUCUGGUGUGGCAGGGUGGAAAUGGCUGGGAUGAUAUGGUCAGAGAACAGGCAAUAUCUGAUGGUUAUCUGUUAAGUGAAUCCACUUAUGCAAUCCAAGAACCGUUGGAAGAGUCCACAAUCCGUCAACGUCUUGGCGGUCGUCGCGACUCUGCCACGCAAAUAUGUUCGAUUUCGCCGCCAACCGAAACCCAGGAAACGUCUCCGCCUGCAUCUGGAAGACGACGCCGAUCUUCUCUGGCACAACUCACCGACAUUUUACGAGAAUGGGGCGGCGCAAAAAAACAGCAGAAACAAUUGCACCGUCGCGAAACUUUGGCCGAUUUGGCCAGAAGUUUGCCGUGGGGUCGUCAGACUACCACUGAAACUGGACCCACUCCCAGCAUAUGCACCAAGAAGCGUCGAGAAUCAAGCGCCGAUUCCGGUAUCAGAAGCAUGGGCUCCAAAUCACGUCGGGAUUCUCAGCAUAACGCAAUUUCCGACUUCAAAAACGAAGUGGCCAAAUUAUGGCAACGUAGAGAAUCGGUUACUACGACCAUAGUGAGUCCCAGCUCUGGAUCCAAUCGUAGAGACAGUGGCGAAUCUUCUAAAAGUGGCAGACGGGAUUCCACGUCUCAUUCGCAACAUGCUUCCCGACGAGGAUCUGGAGAGAGUGGAAAAAGCAGCCGCAGAGAAUCAACGACAAUCAUUCCACCGCUACCUCCACCACCAAAAAUCGUCGGUGCCACCAAGAAACGUAGAGAUUCACGUGGCAAAGUCGAAGCUCCAACUUACUAUAGGCAAGAGCAAAGACCUUCUACUUCUUCAACUGCUUCCGAUUCGGGAACUUCCGCUGGAUUAUUACAAAUCAGUAGUGCCAAUGUAGCUACAGGAACAUCAUCCGACUCAGCAUCCCAAUCAAACCUAAUCGGUCUUCCAUGUCCCACUAUAAUAACAUCAAGCGUCACUCCUCCAGCUACAUCUCCGACAGUACCCAGCACCACGGCUACCACUCCAACUCAUCCAUUUCUGUCUACGCGUCGCGACUCUACAACCCAGUGCGGUAGAAUAGGUCGCAGAGACUCUAGAACGCACGCCAGUCCAGAACGGCGAAGCUUGCGGCUUCAAAGACAAAAUACCGCAUUCGAUGAAAGUCUACCGCCCGGUAUGAAUAGAAGAGGCUCGCAACCUACUGCACUCAGUCCCGAUGUAGAUGAUAACGGCCGGAAGGCCAGAAGGGAUUCCUUAAGCCCCGAUUCGGCUUCAAGAGGUCGCAGGGAUUCCAAGUCACAUCUGAGCUCUGAUAGGUCUCCGGAUAGUUCAAGUUGUUCAUCGAGGGACCCGAGUCCAAGUGCCAGAGGUGGUCCGCCACCCACCUCAGAAAAUCACCGGCCAGCAAUCAGAAGGCAAUCAACUACCGAAGAAAUCCUUAUUGCUAGAGGAUUCCGAAGACAAUCAACCACCGAAGAAAUGAUUCGGUGCAGAAAUUUCAGAAGACAAUCAUCGCAAAGUGAUGAGUGCCAGAGGUACAAAGGUAGGAGAGAUUCCUCAGCGCAAAUCCUCGACGGAACGGUGACGUCGAUGACAGUGGAAACAAGCAGUACGUUUUUCGAUUCAAGUACACAAACAGAACCAACGCCCGCAUACGAAAAUAACCACUACCACGAAGAAUGUCUGCGUUGCAACUCGUGCGGUCUCAACCUGACCGGACCGAACCAAAAACGGGCGCGAAGGUUCAAGAAUCAAAUACUGUGCGAUCUACAUUUCGCGGACGUGGCACUUAUGGAGUGCAGCGACUUCAUGCAGCAGCUGCGCAGUUUUAAGCCUCAGAGUUUGGGUUGCGCGGUGGCACGGCGCAAGAGCAGUACCACGUUGAUUUUCCCGUUGCCACCUCAGGCGUGUUCCGUUGAGUUCGAAGGUGGUUCAUUAAUAAACGGCAAGCACACCACACGCGAUACCAAAGCAAUUUUGUCUUGGGAUAAAACUUCCAUGUAUCCUGACCAAUUGGGCAAUUUCGGAAUGCCAAUCGCCUCUGCCCACAAGUACACAAAAUAA